UAGCUGAAAAUCGAUGUUAAAUCGUCAUUCAACGACACUGUUGCAAACUACUAACAGUAAUUAAAACCCUGUAUAUAUAAUAUAUGCUUUGAAUCGAGCAAAUAACUAUAUAAAUCGCAAAUCUUUCUAUGCGGGUCUGGAAUUCUGAGCAACGUAGUAUGGGAAAUAGGCAAAAGGUCUCUCUUCGCGGUCCGCGCCUCUUCUACUAGUAGUUCAAUUCCUGAGUUGACCGCGCACUCUGUGAACGGAUCGUGAAAGUAUAUUGUGUUUACAAGUUAUUGUAUAAAGAUGGAGGAGAAAAACCACUCUGGAAACACCGGGGCAGUGGAAAAUGCCGCGAAAAAUCCGUCGCUUCCAAAAAAGUCUGCAAAAUCGAAAGCAAAGUCCCAACGUUCUAAAUCGUCGCAUCCACCAACUGCAGAUAUGGUGAAUGCUGCUAUCAAAGCGUUGCAAGAUCGCAAGGGAUCGUCAGUUCAAGCUAUCAAGAAAUACAUAGCAACGACAUAUAAAGUUGAUGGUGGAAAAAUGGCGCCAUUUAUUAAGAGAUAUUUAAAAACUGCCGUAACUGCCGGUGCGGUGGUGCAAACCAAGGGAAAAGGUGCCUCUGGCUCGUUCAAGCUAUCCACACCUUCGAAGGGUUCCGAAUCAAAGAGCAAAGCCAAACGCUCCGUGAAAAAGACCGCAUCUGCUGCAGUUGAAAAGAAACCUGCGGAAAAGAAGGCAACGAGUUCUAAGAAAGCGGUUGUUCCGAAGGAAACAGCUGCUGAAACGAAACAAACCACAGAAAUCAAGAAACCAUCUCCGAAGAAAGCUAAAACUGCUGCUGUUAAGAAAGCAGAAUCUCUGAAACAGAAAACAGCAGCAUCACCGAAAAAUUUGUCAAAAGUAAAGAAAGCUACAAAGGCGCCAGCAGCAAAAACGAAAACUCCAAAACCAAAAACGGCAAAAUCUCCCAAAACAAGAGCAGCAGCGAAAAAGUAAUUCGUUGAAAAAUACCUACCAAUUGGCCCUUUUCAGGGCCACAAAUACUAUUUUGCAAAAGAACAAUCUUGGUUAAUGAAUGAAUAUCUUCACUGUUAUUAUUAAUAUUUUUACCAAUAGUACAUUCACUGUCUGAAGCAGAAGUGUGUUUCACACUGAAGGGCUGGGGGAAUUUGAGGAGCACGAUAAUGGAGAAAGAAGUGGCGAAGGAGUUGGCUUCUGAAUUUCUUCGGAAUACUUUCCCAUUUCCAAACGCAGUGGAAUGUUAUGGAUGUAGUGCUGGGCUAUAGAUAUUUCUAAAUGAGACCUUUUACAAUUUCUCAUUUUAUUAGCUACGUGUUCCCCAAAUACUGCAUACUCAUCUCUGGUAGAAACUACUUCAGACAGUGACUGCAUGUAUUUUACCGCUUGUUGUACUGUUGUAAGUACCCUGAGUUGCAUUGAACUUGUCGCAGUGAAGUUGGCUACAAAUUCAUUAACACAUUCACGCCGCAUCGGUGAGACGAUGGGCGAGAUAGACUCACCGACGCGGCGUGAAUGUGUUAGUGAAUUUGUAGCCAACUUCACUGCGACAAGUUCAAUGCAACUCUACACUCGCUUUUCCGUGGACGCUUUAGAUUUGUAGGGGUUUUGAAUGGGGUUGGUGCAAUUUCUUUCUGCGAUCCAUCAUCAGUAGUAAAAGUUUCGGAUGAAGUUCCGAAUACGACCGGUCGCCGAUCAAGAUGAAAUUUUAAGGGGGAGGGGAUCCCAAAUAUAAAGUGGUAUCUUCGGCUUCCUAUUAGUUUCCGAGAUAUUAAUUAAAAACUUUCGUACAAUACAUAGAAUUUUUCCUAUACAGACGUAACUAACACAACCGUCUUCGCUGUAGUAAGCUGACAUCGUCAAGUGCCGAACAGCCGUUGACACAGUGGGGGUUCCAACCUGACUAUCUAUAGGGUGUCCUAUUCAAAACUUUAGAGAUACGACCACUUCCGGCGGCCGGAAAUUUAUCUGGCCUAACCUAACCUACGUAUAAAUCAAAUGUGUUUAAUUCCUUGAGAAUUAGUAAUACAAUAUAAAACAUAACGUAAUGUAACUAAAAAAAUGGAUUUUACAUGGUACACCCUAUAGAAACGGAAGACGAUAUUGCUAUAGUGUGAACGGUUGUUCGACACUUGACGAUGUCAGCUUACUACAGCGAAGACGGUUGGGAAGCCGAAGAUACCACUUUAUAUUUGGGGUCAUCUACCUGCUCCCAACCAACCCUCCAAAUUUCAUCUUGAUCGGCGACCGGUCGUAUUCGGAACUACAGCC